AUGUUCUUUUCAAUAAAACUCGUAUAUUUGAUUUCAUACACAUUUGUUCUAUUACUAGUUGGUGGUGAUAAUGCCCCAAUGGUGAAUGACUCACCCCCCAAUGCCAAAUAUAUCGCCCGUUUCAAGCCGCAUGCUAUUAAUGGUGAUUAUCAUGUUCGUGGGUUUAUUUCAUUUCAAACCUCACCCCGAGGAUUUGUUCAGGUUCAUCUUGAUGUCGAUGGUUUACCUACAAGUGGUGGCCCUUUCCCUUACCAUGUCCAUCAAUAUCCAGUUCCUACAGAUGGCAACUGUACCGGUACUGGUGGCCAUUUGGAUCCUUACCAUGGAUCUGCCACCUCUCCUGGAGAUCCUGCAGGUUUGCAAGUUGGUGAUUUAGCUGGAAGACAUGGGGAUAUCCCAGUAGGUGUAUAUGCUUUCGAAACUUAUUAUUUUGAUCCAUUCAUCUCAUUGAAUCCCAGUGAUCCUGCAUUUAUUGGCGGUCUAAGCGUUGUUAUACAUUUGGAUAACUUGACCAGAAUUGCGUGUGCAAAUAUUACGGUUGGUUGUGAUGAUCACUGA